ACCCUAUUUUUCUAUCAUUGAACGUGCUUAUAGGGUCUGUAUUUCUCACUUCACUGAAAAAUUUUUCUUCGUACGAAGAGCGGAACACACAAACACAUGUAAACGCGGAUAAAGGCUGCUGGAUAUUUGUUAUAUAUAGAGCAGUGUUUCCAUAGUUUCCAAGCCAAAGCAGUAUAUGAAGAACUUUUGAUUACGAAUUGUUUCCUCCCGACAAAGAAAACAGAUUCGAUAAAUAACUAGAGAACCAAACACUCUGACAUUACGUUUACUAAUUUUUUAAAAUGACAAAAGAUCUCGUACCAACCCCCGUCUCUAGAUUUUUGGAAAAGGCAACUAAUGAACCUGACGAACCAUUUGUGGAUUUCUAUACGGAGAAUGGGAUUCAAAAAACCUACUCUCAUUUGGAUGUCCUUCAUCGUGUCAACACAAUUGCUAGAUUCUAUCAAAAGAAUUUACCUUCAGGAGCCACGGUCGGUGUAUUCAUGAGACAAGAAGUUGACUUGGUAUGUUCCAUUCUCGCUUUGUGGGCAACAGGACAUACGGGUGUCAUCUUCAAUGAGGAUUGGGAUGAAGAUGUUGCGGCUGUUAUUAGUGAUCGCCUGCAUAUAUCUUUCCUAGUAUUCAGCGACCUUACUGAGAAGUAUCACCUUCCCGGUGUGAAAACGCUUCAUUUAACGACUCUCGAAACAGAUCCCACUGCGCCUCGUAUUCAGGUUGGACAUGAACCAGAGAUUGCAUUGAUCAAUCACAGUAGUGGAUCAACGGGAAUUCCUAAGUCUAUUCCCUAUCGUAUGGAAAAGUAUGUUCCUGCGGCUGACUGGGGUAUACCAGAGUUGUCGCAUAAUCUAACGACCCCUUUGAUUAUGGCUCCUAACUUUGCUCUUACCACCAUGGUUUGGAUGACUGCUCUAUUGGCUCCAGGGGGACGCAUCAUGUGUCCCUCUAUGCACACACGAACGCCUGUUCCAGUUAGCUCCAAAGCCGAGCAGUUGGCGUGGAAUGUGCAUUAUGCUUUACGAUAUGGAAGCGAACGUCUCUUAAUUUUGCCUAAACUACUCAUGUUGAUGCUUCAGACCACUAUUAGAGAAAACGAAACAUUUCCUAAUUGUAAAAAAGUCGUUGUUGCCGGCGAAAUGGUUCCUUCAAAUCUAGUUCAAUCUUGCCAAAGUGUUUUUCCAAACGCUAAAAUUGGUGCCGCGUACGGAUCCACAGAAACAGGAUUCUGUGGUUUCUACACCGAUCUUGAAGAUAAGGACUUAAUUUAUCUUCCUGGAAGCACAAUUAAAGAAGUGAUGCUUUUGGACGACCAAAUGCAACCGGUUCCACGCGAAGUUGGAAAUAAAGGAUUUGUUUGUCUCGUUAGUGAUGCUCAAUCCGAACCCUAUGUGGGUGAAGAUGAAGAAACACGUAACUCAAAUCUUGAGACAUAUAUUACAGUUAAUCACCAACCCGCAAUUCGAUUUGCAGACCUCGCCACUUGGGAAAUUAAAGAUGGAAAAUGGGGAAUCAAUAUAAAGGGUCGUGUUGGUCGUAUUGUAAAGCGAAAUGGUGUGUUUUACGAUCUGAAUCAUCUCGACAAAAUUGCUAAUUCCUUGGAUAUUUUUAAUGAAGCUUUCUCCUUCCUUAUAAAUAAUCGAUUCGUCUUGUGCUAUAUUCCUAAAGAAACCUCCCUUUCUUCUGAAAAGGCACUCGAAAUACUGAAUAAAACAUUGAAAUCAACUGUCUGGUUUUCGCACUGCAUUCCCAUUAAGACCUUGUUGUUUAAUGCUACAGGAAAAGUUGACUUAAAAUCUUUACAAUCCUAUGCAGAAGCACGUAUGUUCGAAGAGGAUAACAAAUUACCUAAAGUUACAGAGCCUCUCGCCUUUGAAAUCAGUAAAAUCUCUACCGCUAUCUUGGGUAAUAACACACUGGAAGGAAAGGAUGUUCUGUUUCAGGCACAUGGAUUGGAUUCUAUUAAAGCAGUACAAUUUUCUGCUUUGUUGAGAAAGCAGUUGAAUUGUGACAUACCUGUUAGCUUGCUGAUGCACCAGAAGAGCUCACCAAGUAGCAUUGCUGCUGCUGUGAAAGAAGGAAACUCAAAUCAAUUGGCUGUUUCUAUCGUGGAUGUAGAAAACGAUGCCAAUCAGCUGGCUGAAAAAUUAGGUAGCGUUAAACCAUUGGAGCGCAUUCAAGAUUCUUGGAUACUAUUAACAGGUGCUACUGGUUUCCUUGGGAAGCGAUUACUGGCAUAUUUCUUAAAACAAGGAGCGAAGGUUGUUUGUCUUAUUCGCGGAUUGAAUGAUUCGGACGCCGAGAGAAGAAUGUACGAAUCGUUACCAAACAUAGAAAAGUAUGCGAAAUCUUUGAUUGUAUGGGCUUCCGAUUUAAGUGAUGACAGUCUUUCGCUAUCGUCUGAAAAAUGGGACUUUUUGGAGAAGCACGUUUCCAAGAUUUACCAUAAUGGUGCAAUGGUGCAUUGGACAAAGACAUAUCAUGACUUAUGGAAAGCCAAUGUGAUGAGUACGAAGGUACUACUUGACUUAAGCAUGGUAGGACCGAAGAGUUUUGUUUUUGUAUCCGGAGGUGGACAACAAGAGUUGGCAACAGCAAACCGUGAAGCCAAAGGACAAGCUAUGGGCUAUACGCUUUCAAAACAUGCGGGUGAAUUGCUUUGCUACAAAGUCAAAGAAAAGGGAAAUCCUAAUAUUCAUGUUAUUCUUCCAGGAUUCAUUUUGGCUAAUGACGGAGAAAUUCUUGCUCGUGACUUUUUCUGGAGAUUCGUACAAACAUGUAUACGUAUGCAAAAAUGGCCUACUCAGGAAAAUGGCGCUUCUUUCCCAUUCCGUAUUUCCUCCACUGAGGAGAUCGCCCGUUGUUUGCACGAAGGAAUCGAGCAUCAACAGUCUUUUCCUGAAGAUAAGAACGGACGUGUUAUGGGCUAUGAUGAUGUUGACGGUAAUGCGAUGGUUUCAGCAUGUGAAGAGAAACGAGGAGUGAAGAUGCAAAAAGUUCCAUUGUCUAUUUGGUUGCAGGAGGUAGACAAAUGUUUAGAAGCUGAAAAGGAGAGUCAUCCCUUGUUUGCCUUGAGACAUUUGACAGAAUUUGCAAUUCAAAGUGGACUAUUGAACGAUGGUACAAGUGGAACGAAACAGAAGUAUCUCCUUAGUUUGGAAGCUUUCAAGAAUGGACUUGAACAGCUUAAUGUUUAAAUUUUUUGAGCCAAGAAAUGCCUUUAAUAUGAAAAGAAAAGAGAAAAAAAAAAAUCGUUAGUAUUUAGCUUAUUAAAUUCAAUAGUUAUUAUAUCAAAGUAAC